GUACAACCAAGGCAUGUGGCUUUGUCGUGUAUCAAAACAACAAGCUUUUCCAAUCAAAAACAUUUAUAACUAAGUCAAAUUUUAGUCAAAAAAUUAUCUCAAGCAAAACUGAUGACAAUAAAGAAGUUCAGCAUGCUUCUGUUGAAAUGGUCUUUAGUCCAAAGUAUAGUCGAGAAGAAUUUCAACUCUAUUCCUUUGCCUGUGUCUUUUGGAAUUUUUCAAUGAACGAUUGGGACACGUAUGGCUGUGACAAAGUCAAGGGCCAUGAUGGAUUCUUGCAAUACCGCUGCAACCAUACUACUAAUUUUGCUGUAUUAAUGGAAAGUCAGAAAAACCUCAGUGACGUGGGUGUUAGUCAGUCUAUGCACAUCAAUGUUGAUUUUCAACCUCCUCUUUGUGUUUGGAAUUGAAAAUUCCAAUAAGAACUUGAAGACGAGUAAUGAUGACAUGAACAGUAUUGACUUUAGUACAAACGAACUUGGCAGUCAGGACAUCAUUAG